AUGAGGGUGGAUUUGGCAAGAGCCUUGAUUUGCAAUCUUGGCCCCACACCAUCUCCUGUCUUUGACAUCUCUUGUGCGCGGGUGGAUUUGCGUGGAGAAAGAUUACAUAUCCGGUUGGAGGGUGGAUUAAUAACGAUGGGGGUACCCACGUCGUUGGCUAAUCCGGUUGUUUUGGGACUAUUUUGCCUUCAUAAAUUUGGCAAAUUUCCUUGGUUAGAGUAUUCCCCGCAAAAAGAUGCAGUAUUUUGUUUUCCAUGCUUCAUUUUUGAAAAGAAAACAGCAAAUUGUUCUACAUUAACUGGUGGGGGGUUUAUAAAUUGGAAUGUGGUUUUCGAUGCCUUUUCGAUGCAUGUAGGAGGUCCCAAUUCACCACAUUUCAAUGCUGUGAAUUAUUGUGAUGAUUUAAUGAAUGUUGGUCGGCAUAUUGACAAAGUAAUGAAUGCACAAUCUUCAGAAGACAUUCAGAAAAAUAAGUUGCGGCUUAUGGCAAUGAUUGAGAGUAUUGGAUGGCUUACUUUGCAAGGAUGUGCUCUCAGAGGUCAUGAUGAAUCCGUUGAUUCAAAAAACCGUGGUAAUUUCAUUGAAUUGAUAAAGUUUGAGGGAAAAUUGGAUGAUAAUAUUGUUGAUGUUGUCUUAGAAAAAGCUCCAAAAAAUGCAAAGUAUAUCUCACCAUUGAUUCAAAAGGAAAUUUUGCAUAUUUUCGGUAACAAAGUGAGAAAAAAGAUUUGUGAGGAAGUUAGAGAUGCCAAAUUUUGUAUUCUGGUAGAUGAAGCAAAGGAUGCAUCUAAUAGAGAGCAAAUGGUAAUUGUUUUGAGAUUUGUUGAUAUCCAAGGGUUUUUACAGGAGCGCUUUUUUCAUAUUGUGCAUGUUAAAAACACCACUGCAUUAACUCUAAAGAAAGAGAUAUCCGAUGUCCUCACUCGUUACAAUUUGGACAUUCACAAUAUCUUGGUUGACAUGUUUACUGCAACUAUUAAAGUUCUUGGAAUGAUGUUUGAGAAGGGAUCCUCUAACUCUAUACGUGGGGAAGCUAAAGGAAUCACUUAUUUGCUUUGUCGAGCCUUGCAACACAAAUCUCUUGACAUCAUAAAUGCCAUGGACUUAGUUUUUACUACAAAAGCACUCUUUCACACCUUCAGAGAAAAAGGUUUUGACCCUCUUAUGAUGCAUGUGAAAUCAAUUUGCACAGAGUACGACAUUGAUAUGCCCAACAUGAGUGCUCGUUACAAAACAGCUACAGGUCGUACUUGUCAGCAAAAUAAUGUCCUCACAGUUGAGCAUCAUUGCCACAUUGAUAUAUUCAACGCCGUAAUAGAUUUUCAGUUGGCGGAGUUGAAUGACAGAUUCAACAAGGGGGUAGUAGAACUCCUUGUCCUUAGCUCGACUUUAGAACCUAAGGAUGGCUUUAAAUCAUUCAAUGUUGAUCAUAUUUGCACUCUUGCCGAGAAAUUUUAUCCUGAUGAUUUCACAAAUCAGCAGAGAAAUUAUUUGAGAUUAUAG